GUAUCUUUGACUAAUUUUACUUGGAGUUUUUCUCUUAGCUCUCUUUCAGUUAAAAUGAGACCAUUUUCUGUCGUUCUGUGAUUUAAUUAAACUUCAUCUUUUUUUUUUAUCUAAGCCUGUUUGCCACAAAAAUCGAAGGGAGGGAAUGUUUUUAUUCGAAAUAAUAUAUUUUUCAUUUCUAAUGCGUUAGUUUCACUCCUCAAAUAUGGGACGUAGAUCUAUUAAUACCACGAAAAGUGGUAAAUAUAUGAACCCAACAGACCAAGCAAGAAAAGAAGCCAGGAAACAGGAGCUUAAGAAAAACAAAAAGCAGAGACAAAUGGUAAGGGCUGCUGUGUUAAAAGGCAAAGAUCCCCAGCAGAUUCUCGAAGAAAUGGAAAAGAUAGACCAGAUGGAGUACAAUGUGAAUCAGCCUUCUCCUUUAAAUGAGAAAGUGUUGAAAGACAAGCGAAAAAAGUUAAGAGAUACUUUGGACAGGGUGCUCAGUAUGUACUACAAAGAUGAUCCUGAAAAAUGGUCUGAAUUGAGGAAAAGACAGUCAGAAUAUGAACACAAACGUAAUCAGUUGGUUAGCUUUUAUGAGUCUGUCAAAAGUGCUCAGCAGGUGACAGUUGACGAAAUACCUUUGCCACAGCUUCCUCAGCAGGCGUCUAAUGUUCACAAUAAUAUCCCAUUGCCCGCGACUGAAAGAAAGCCUGAACCAACAAUUUAUUCUAUUGCUACGGCUUUAAAACUGCAAGCUUUGGGACAACCUGUUAGAGAACCGCCAGGAUGUCCUGUUGGUCCACCUCCUGACAUAAAUGACGAAGGAGAAGUUGAAGAAUUUGGUACCAGAACCACAGGGGAUGAAGAAGUUGAUGAAGAUAUAGAAGAUGGUGACUUGGGCAAAUCGAAUAGACCUACAUCAUUGCAACAAAAAAUGGUUGCAUUGUCGGGUCAAAAUGUCGACGAUUUUAUGAAGGAAAUGGAAACGGUACAGAAGAAAUUGGAUGCGGGUAAAGAAGAUGACAGAAGUAAGGCUGCCCUUUCUGAACCGCUAAUGCCACCGGGCACAAACGAUACGAUACCGACGUUGCCGUCUUUGCCGCCCAAUUCCACAGGGAUUCCGCCUCCUCUGAUAUUUGCCGGCCCUGGCUUGAGGUUGCCGCCAGGUCCUCCUCCAGGGAGACCACUAAUGCCACCUGGGCCUCCACCUGGACUGCCGCCUAGGCUACCUUUGCGACUUCCUUCAGUUGCGCCCAGACUGAUUCGUCUACCAGGGCCUCCUUUGAUAACAGGACCGCAGGGAAGUAUACAACCCAACGUGUUGUCCGCAGCUCCACAGCUUAUCAACCGGAAUGAAUCCAGUAAACAAGGAGCCACAAUAUCCGCGAAGCCGCAGAUAAGAAAUCUUAGCGCGGACGUCACAAGGUUCGUACCAUCCACACUGAGGGUCAAGAGGGAAGAGAAAAAAUCAAAACCAGUAACGAGUUUGGCUCGCGAGCUCAAACACAAAGAGAUGAUCAUGAAUAAAAAGGCGUUCGAAGGGCAAAGCACGAAAGACGACGCUUACAAACAGUUCAUGCAGGAGAUGGAAAGGUUAAUAUAAUUUAUUGUGCAUAGGUGUAAAUAAAAACAAACAAAAAA